GAAAACGACUAGCAGUUUGUGAAGUUCAAUAGCAAUUGUUUGUUACACAGGAAUUAGUUAAAAGUGAAAAAUGUUCUCGCAAAGACACCCACUGCUGGAAAAGCUCGCCUGUGCAGUGCUGCUUUUCGCAGUUCUCACAUCGACCACCACGAACGCACAGGUCACUUUCUCUCGCGACUGGAACGCAGGGAAGCGUUCAUUGGCGGAAGCAGGCCAACCUACGGCCGAAUGUGCUGCGAUCUGGCGGUCGAUAAACAGCCUGUGUGCUGCCGUUACGAAAAAUAUUCAACACUUAACCAUAUGCGAGGCCAGGUCACUACUCAAAAGCAUGCAGAACGAUGACGCGUCGAUGGAGAGUACCGGUGGAAAUAAUGCGCCACUAUUUUCGAGUAAUCGCGUGUAACUGGACUUAGCUGCUAACAUGGAUAACAAUGACUAGUCAAAGGAUACGACGACAAAAAAUUUAAAUUAAGGAAUAUAAAAUAAAAUGAAGAAUAUAUUGAGCUCAA